UGGUGACCACAGCAAUGGCUCGUUACCGUGGAAACGCCAUAGCAGACGAACUCCGAGCGUUAUCCGCUGUGUUUCUAUGAUUUCUUUGCUACAAAAUGUACUCGCUAAGGUGCUGAUUAUACGUCGUUGAAGGCAUGUUGGCAGAAGCUAGCAGCAUUGCAAAUCGAUGGGAAAUCUCCAUCUCUGGACAAAAUGUCGAAGAUACAGGAACUCACAACGGACAGGAUGGGCGGUACCAGAAAAAUACCUCAAACCAAAAAACCUGUCAUUUGGGUUUGGAAACCAAACCAGAGCUCCUAUGGGACAAUUGGAGCCCUGGAAGCAAAUUCACCAAGGUUCUGGUGUUAAAAAACAUCGAUAACAAGCUGAAGAAGCUGAACAUUAGACAUCCAAUGUCCAACAUUUUCUCUGCCUCGAUUCCUCAGAUCGUCUUCAUCAGCCCGGGGACUACUUUCAUUAUUCCAAUCACCUUUGGGCCACAACAAAUGUGUGAAUAUGAGGACAGCAUUGAGUUUCAAGAUAAAAAAGAAAGAUUUUGUGUGUAUCUCCAUGCCAUCAUCCCCUGCCAUAUGCUGGAGGUUCCUGGUUCUGUGGAGCUCCCACUCUGUGCCGUUCAGCACACCUCACAAACUGAAUUCCAUAUAAAAAAUGCCAGGAAUUUCCAGACGUUUUUCGAGUGGGAUUGUGCAGAACCGUUUCAUUUGAGCCCAGAGCGAGGCCUGCUGCAGCCUGAGCAGGAGUGUCCCAUCAGAGUGAUGUUCCACCCACAAGAGGCGCAGAUGCACCAGCAGCAGGCCUGCUGCAGAUUUGGAGAUGAAGGGGAAAAGGCUAAUAGCGUCACUGUACAUCUACAGGGAGAAGCAAAAUAUCCUUACCUUGAGUUAAAACAUCCGGGCAGCAAAAAGGAGGAAAAUUGCCUUUCAGAGUUACACUUUGGGUCUGUGGCAGUUGACCAGAGUUUAAGCAAACACUUUGACAUCUUUAACCCUUCCUCUGUAAGCGUGCAUUUUUCCCUAUCACCACUGCCUGCUGUAGCCAUGUUUACAUCAGCGUUCUACUGUGAUGUCACCAGAGGCAUCUUGCCACCUGGUGGGUCCCUCCGGGCUUCAGUCACGUAUUCUCCCACCGUGGUGGACACCGUCUCUGUCGAGUACUUGUCUCUAAAAUAUAACGGGUCAAUCAACAAUCCUCAGCUCACACUUAAAGGCAAAUGUAUAGGUCCCAGCGUUUCACUCUUGCCCUUGGUUUUGGACUUUGGGUGUGUUAAAGAACGUGGAUCGGCAGUGCUGACAGUGAAACUGAUUAAUUCAUCUCCUGCUGAGGCUAUUUACCAAUGGGACAUUGAUAGUGGAAACAGUGUAUUUAGUAUUUUGCCAGCAAGUGGGUCUGUGGCCCCACAUAGCCACAUCAAGCUUAAGGCAGUCUAUAGACCCACACAACCAAUAGCAUACUACAGAAGAGUGGCAUGUCUCGUCCUGCACACGGAUCCAGUGUUUCUGGAUUUAAUUGGAACUUGUCACUCGGAGCUCCAGCGACCACAAAAACUAAAACCUGAACACUUGGUUCAGUACAUGAGUCACUACAGCUAUGUCCAGACCAGCCCAUUCUCUGAUAAUGAUUUGCAGCAAAAUGUAAAUACGCAGCUAGACCAGCAGGGGGUGCCAUUACCCAUGCCGGAGAUAAAUCAAAACCCUGUUAUUUUGACCACACCCAUGGAAGACAUUCGUCAAGUCAGCACGGGAUCCGUAGAUUUUUUCUCCUCUAGCUCUUCUUCACCAUCAUCUCCACAUGUAUCGGUGGUGCCAAGUGAAUUGCUGUUUAACCACAAAAUCAUACCCUCUUCUAUUUCUCCAUCAGAGUUCGUACAGUAUGUUACUGUUAGGAACUACAGUGGAGGGAAACUUAGGCUGGCGUGGACCGUCGCUGAAGAUUCUCCCUUCUCAGUGUCUCCAUCCUCGUUCGACCUGGACUCACUGACAUCAAACUCAUUCACAGUGACUUAUGCCCCCAAGCAGCUUAAUACCCUGCAUGGGGGACAACUUGAGUGUUUUGUGUACCAAGAGGACAUUUCUGAUGGGCUGCGACCGCCUUUAUGUUUUACUGUCAGAGUCAUCGGUCAUUCAUUUCAGCAAGGAAAGAAACAUUUCGACCCAAGCUGCUCUUUGAACCCAUCUCAAGUGGUUUUUCCUGGCCUGGGUGGAAUGUCCUGUCAGAAUGUUCUACUGCAGAACAACAGCACACUGCCACUCACCUUCUGCCUAAGCCACGCCUCAAACACCUGGAGAGACUCUCUUUCCCUGCUGCCAGGCUGUGGUCUGAUCCCACCGGGGGAUCACCAGAUCAUCACCAUCAGAUUACUUCCCACUGAGGACAGUCCUGAACAGGGAUUACGCUUAACGUUGCAGCUUAACGCAGCUGAAUUCUCAAAGGAGCUAACAAUAUUAAGUGUGGCUGAAAAGCCACACGUGUCCCUGGAAAGUGGCAGCAGUUUGUAUUUCCACCCAACAGCUGUGGGUUCAACAUCCCAGAGCACCCAUCACAUUAAGAACAUCAGUUGCCUGCCUAUACAGUUUGAGUGGAACAUUCCAGAAACAGAACAGAGGUUUAUUUUUGUCAAACCAGACGCUGGUGAACUGCAUCCCAAUGAAACCUCGGUUCAGGUGUGGACCUUCAGUCCUUUGGCAGAGGAAUCCUACACGCUUCAACCUACCCUCAACUUCUGGCCAGUCCAGAGUGAUGGAUCCAAAAGGUGGAAUCUCACCCUUGAAGUGGUUGGAAGGGGUGCAAAGGGCUUCAUAGAGGUGGAGAACGCAGUCGUGGAUGUGGGGGAUGUUUUAUAUGGAAGCUGUAGAAAAGUGGAAAUUCCUCUGGUGAACAACAGUCCCUGUUUUUUAAAGUUUCGUCUUUCUGUGGAGCGGAUUCAAGCAGAUGUCCACCCUUCUUAUGAGCAAGAAUACGAUCAGAGUGCUUUUCAUCUGGACUGGGAAACGGGAGCCAUCACCUCAAACUCCACGACGCUGCUCCAGUCCUCUGUCAGACUUUACAAACAAGCGCGCUACCUCUGGGCCAUCAGUGCUCAGGUUCUAAAUGCUGAUGGGACUACAUCAUCUUCUCCUCAGAAACUGUGUGAAGUUCAGGCUAAGGGGGUGUUCCCCACCUUACAGGUUGUCGGUGCAUGUAGUGGUGGAAGUGUGGACAGGCUCAGCAAGGGGCAUGUGUGGAAACUCCUCUCACUGGACAGCCUUAAUGAACAUCUGCGUUCUGCCCCCUCUUCUGCAGAAGUCACCACAAAACCCCCCAUAAAUCUGCACAUUAGUCCUCCCAUCUUCCCCACAGUCCUGCUGGACUUCAGCUUUGGUUCAGCUUCUGUGUAUUCUGAUCCUGCAGAGUUUGUGUUGAUGUUUCACAACCCUGGUUCUUUCCCCGUAGACUGGGCCUUUUUAUUUCCGAAGGACCAGCGCACUGAGCUGCCAGGCUGGGCGGAGACAGGAGAGCUCAGCAGCACAGAGCUGGACCACAUGCAGAUUCAAGACUGUAAGCUCUUCACUGUUGCUCCUCAUUCUGGGACUUUGCUUCCUGGCCAGAAGAGGGCAGUACAGUUCAGCUACAGUCACAAUGUAAUCGGAACAAAUCGUCUCCCGGUUGUAUUCAAACUCUCUUAUGGCCGAGAGACGUUGCUGAACUUUCAGGGAGUGACAGUAGAGCAAGACAAACCACACCUCUUUGCCUCCAAUCAACAUGCGUUCGCCCCUGUAGAUGUCGGGGACUGCAGGCCUCCAAGGCAGAUGUAUGAAUUAUACAAUGGCGGGGCGGUGCAAGUACACUAUGAAGUUGACCAAACUGUGUUGUCACAGCUUCAGAUGGACAACUUCAAUCAUCCGGUGUUGUCCUGCAUCAGUCCACAAGGAGAAGUUCUCCCUGGGGAGACAGCCACACUUGAGUGGAUCUUCUCUCCACUGGAGUUAAAGCUGUACCAAAUGGAUGUUCCUAUUCAUAUCCAUGACAACGACUUGAUAACUGUGAGGUUUGAAGGAUGUGGGACUAAGACUUUGACACAGAGCUCCUCAGAUGUCAGUAUGCAGAGAGAGCCCUUUCCAGGACAGGUAUUAUUUCUGUCUGAGGACAGUGUUCUUAUAGGUGAUGUCCCUGUUCGCUCACAAACUACAAGAGUCUUCUUCCUCACCAAUGUGUCUCACACAGAAUCUGCUCUCUUCUUGUGGGAGAUUCCCCGACAGAAGGGGUCAGACCAGAAGGUGGUGCAGAUCCAUCCAGAGCGAGGCCGUCUGCGUCCAGAGGAGUGCACCCUCUGCGUCCUGACCUUCAGCUCCACUGAUUACCCCACCAUUCAUCAGCUGGAUCUCAUAUGUCAGGUCACUCAGGAGGCUGCUCUUGUUCAGUAUCAUGAUGAGCUGCAGCGCUGGGAAGAAGAGAAACGAAGGCAGGAGAAUGAAUUCAUAAUCACAGACAAAAGUGCUUCGAAAAACCAAAGAGUUUUGGUGGAUGAGAAACCUCAAACAUCUCCUGUCAGAAAAGGGUCCCUCAGUAAAUAUAAGGUUCUUCCUCCUAUCUCAGCUGGUAGCGAAAUCUACAGGCGUGAAGAAACAGUCAGUUUUUAUACCAACCAAACCCGAGCCGAGCGAAGGCUGCGACGAGAAGCCGCAAAAAUAUGGAGGUGCCCUCAACCCCCCCGACCAGCUCUGCUGCACCUGAGGGUUGCAGCUCACUCCUUUGAGCUUCAGGACUACUUGAAACUCUGUCCUGACGAGUACCACACAUGUUUUAGGAACAUUCAGGCUAAAAUUGGACCCACUUCUGCAGUCCCACCCCUCUUCGCUCCCUCGCUUUCAUCAGCUCCUGGCCCUGGGAAGGACGUUGUUGCACAGAUACUAACCUGCAUGAUCAGUGAUAUUCUCAGUGAUCCAGAAUUGGCCCGGUCUCCGGUAACUCUGUCCUCCAAGCCCCGUCCCUACCAGCCUGCAGACAUGUCUUCCACUCACUUCUCUCCAGUCCCACCCAGCCCUUGUACUCCAACGCGUCCCCCUUCUACCUCUGCCACUUUACCUCAGCACCACCGCCUGCUGAAUGAGGCUGUGGCUAAAGAGGGUACUGAGAUAACACAGAACACACUCCAGCCUAUGCUUGCUCCUGCUUACAUGUGUGAAGCUGUUCUGUUGAAUACGCUUCAGAACUUGUUGACUGAAGCGGUCAAAGGACAGUUUGACCUUACAGCUCAUCCCUGCAUUAUCCCACCAUCUUCUUACCUGAGAAGCAGAGCCAAGCCAGAGGAGGACCAGUAGACCAUCAAGUCUUCUCAUCCUCCUAGCAAGCCACAGCUUUUAUCAGGCUACACGUAUAUUCCAUCUGUUUUCUUCUCAUCCUGUUGAAUUAUUCUCAUCACUUCUGCUUAGGGAAGAAAAAUUUUUUUUAAAUGUGAAUAAAAUUUAAUCUGAUUGAAAUUUUAGGAGAUUGUGUUUUGAUAAACAAAUAUUCACACAGGAAGCUGAAUGAACUAACGAGAGAGAAGGAAACAUUUUUUUGCAUGACAGUUGCAAACAUCUCAGGCCCUGUCCACACGUAGCCGGGGAUCUGCCCAAACGUAGAUAUUUUUCUACGUUUUGGCCUGUCAUCCACACGAAAACUGAGUUUUUUCACACGAAAACGGAUCUUUUUAAAAACUCCGGCCAAAGUGAAGAUCUGCGUUUUCUCCGUUUUGGGUGUCUGCGUGUGGACGGACAAAUCGGAGUUUAAGGUCCGCAACGUCACUUUCCGCGACAAAAAAUGCUGACAUCACGUGUGCGACCUGUGUUUACACUAGCCGACAGCAUGGAAGCCCUCAGAGCUGCGCUCGCUUUAUUAAUUGUCCAAGCACUUUCUGCUUGUUUGUUUUUGCAAGCGGAAUUACUGCUCCUUGCGGAAGACCACAGACGAAGGACGAGGUUAAGAACGGGGGAAGUACUGCCGCCUACAGGUCUGGCAUGUCCUUAACAACGUAUUUAUCCGGGUACGUGUGGACAGAGUUUUUUUUUAAAACGAGGUGGUGUGGAUGCAAGUUUUUGUAGGGGCGGAUAUUCGUUUAAAAAACCCCGGCUAUGUGUGGCCUGAGCGUCACGGUCUGCCUCUAUCAGCAGGUGAGGUGACCUGGCAGUCAGCUGUUUGUGUUGUAGGUGGGCGUGGCACGAGCUCCAGCUGAUCCUGAUUCCGCUAAUCAGAGGGCCAGGGGAUUUAAGGAGCGGUGUGACACAACUCCAGCGCUGGUUGAUACUCUCACCAGGUAUCGCGCCUCACAUCCUCUAACCACGCCUGGAGUUGUUUUCCUCGUCCCAUUGCUCAGGAUCCUCUGGCCUCCACUCUCCAUCGCUCUGCCUGCCUGCCAACCUACACCCUGGACUCACACAACCUUCUCCUGUCCACCUCCUCUACAACCAUCAGACCUGCCACCUCUCCUCCACUCAACUUCACCCAGUCCACCAUCGCUAAGAACUGGUUUAGGACCAUUUCCGGUCCGUUCCUGCUUUUUCUGGAGCAGCGUCCUUAGUUUUUCCUUCGCUUCAUUUAAUAAAAUAUUUUACUCUUUUUACUUACCUGGUUUUCACGUGGGGUUCUUCUCCUGGGUUAAGCACCUUGCCUACAACAUGACACUCAGGACUUUGAAUAAAGAACUGAUUAAUACAGUGGAAGGGCGCCAGCUGUGGAAAAAUUCAGUAUUCAGCGACAAAUUCUUAUAAAAAUGAACAAGUUAAUUUCCUUAAUUGGAACCAAUGUCCACAAGAUGGUGACAGAGACAUAAUAAGUGAACCACCUCUGUGUUUAUGUUGCAUCAAGUUACACACACAUAUCACUCCAUGAAUUAAGAAACAAGCAAUGCAUUAUAAAAUCCUUACUAUGAUCAAUAAAUAUCUUUACUCCCAAAUUUUAGGUUAAAUUUCAAGUAUACGUAAAAAGCUAACUGUAUAUCUGGAGAAUAU